UUUUCAAGAGUGACGGGGUGUCAAGAGAGAGAAUAGAGAGGACAGACUGCACUUUCCAUUAGAAUAACUCACAUGAGUCAAUCAAAAACACAGUAUAGAUAAAGCUGCAAGUAAAUAAUGCUGCCUUCCCGUGAUUUAAUUCUAUGUUUCUUCUCUUGGGUCGGUGAAGCUUAGUCAUUUCAGUAAUGAGUAAUCGAGACCUUUUUUAUUUUACUGUUUUUCAUGCUUUUUUUUUUUUUAAUGGGCCAUCUUGUUUUGUUAAUAAACCUGUGUUGUUUUGAGAAGAAAAGUUGAAGAUUGUAACCGGGUUUGUCUCAUCAUAUAUAUAUAUAUUUUCUCUGUAAUGGGUAAUGCUAGUGUUAGAAAAAUUGGAGAAGGUACUUCAGGAGUGAAGAAUAGUGAAUAUGGAGAGGGCUAUGAGCAGUCUAUGGAGUUUGGAAAUGAUGAUGCUGGUGUUAGCUAUCAUGGGCAUGGUGAAUUUGUAGACCCCAUGGCUCACUUUCCUCCUCAAGAGUCUCCUCUCAUGUUCAAUUCACAGGUUUCCGCAGCUCCAUUACCAAGACCAGAUGAGUUAGAGCAAGUUCAAAAUCCUGCCAUUCAACAUAAUAUGACAUAUUGCAGCGACAAACAGGCAUCAAUGAUAAUAUGGAGUUAUGGUGGCAAUCAAGUUGCUGUCACUGGAUCAUGGGACAAUUGGGAGAUUGUAGAGCCGUUGUGGAGUGUUGGCAAAGAUUUUGUUAUUAUGAAGAUGCUUCCAUCAGGUAUAUACCACUACCGGUUUAUCGUGGACGGUAGGUUGACCUAUGCUCCGGAAUUACCUUGGGAAUGCGAUGACACAGGGAGUGCUUACAAUAUACUGGAUUUGCAGGUUGAAAUGACAGCUAGCCAUCCGCCUGUAAAUAAUUGCGAUUCACAGUUUCCCUUGCCCAACAGCUACAUGUACGAUUGUGUUAAAGCAGAGUACAUACCAGAGUCUCCUAAAAGUCAUUCUGAGUUGGAUUCUCCUGCUUCCCCAUUCUCAAGCUAUGACAACAAUUCAAUAAGUGACAAUGAUUUCAGCAAGCCUCCGCCUGAUCUGCCUCCACAACUUCAAAUGACAUCGUUAAAUGAGCCAUCUUCUUCUAUGGCCAGUCAACAGUCUUUGCAAAGGCCUCAACACACAGUGUUAAACCAUCUUUACAUCCAAAACAGUGAUACUGGUCUGCCCGUGGCCCUUGGCUCAACAUAUCGCUUUCGCCAAAAAUAUGUCACUUUAGUUCUAUACAAGACUCCAAGGAGGUGAGGGGUUAGGUAAUAUGUGGCAUUGUUAAGAAAAAUGUAUUAUUGAUGAAUAUGGUAGGUUAGAAUUGCUUUUCCAAGCUUACUGAGAGUGAGUCAUAAAUUUAUAGUGGAACACACUAGUGUAUCUUCCUAACUAAUUUAAUUUCAACACAGGUUUUGCUAUAAAAUGCAUUUUGCUGGGCAAAUGCCCUUAA